CAGGAUUCAGCAAAGGAAAGGAAGGAGGGAUUCGAUCAUCUCGAGGUUUUUGUGGGUGAAACGUCACGAUGGGUUUGGUUUUGAUGUUGGGUUUGAUAAUGACUCUGUGUCUCGUGAGCUUCGCUCCGCUCUCAUAUGGGUAUGAUCCACUGGAUCCGAACGGGAAUAUAACCAUCAAAUGGGAUAUCAUGAAAAGCGAAGAUACCAGUUACGAUGUGAAGGUGUCGCUGUUCAACUACCAACUGUUCCGGCACGUGGAGCCACCGGGUUGGAGACUGAGUUGGACGUGGAUCGGGGAUGAGGUGAUAUGGAACAUGUUUGGGGCAGAGGCUACUUUGCAAGGCAACUGCUCUAGGUUUAAAGGCCAGCUCCCUCAUUCCUGUGAGAAGCAGCCGGUUAUUGUUGAUCUCCUGCCAGGAGCUCCCUAUAACAUGCAAGUGGCCAAUUGUUGCAAGGGCGGGAUCUUAUCCUCCUUGAUUCAGGACCCUUCAAAGUACGGAGCAGGUUUCCUAAUGACUGUUGGUGCUGCUUCAACUUUCGACGCAGGCCAUGCCCCAUCAGCGUACUCAAUUCCUGCAAAUUUCACCGUAAAGCUUCCUGGGUAUACCUGUGGCCCUCCUCUCGAAGUCCCUCCCAGCCGAUUUCCCAGCGAUAGUGGUCGUCGAUGGACACAAGCAAUUGGCACCUGGAACGUGACUUGCAUUUUCUCACAGUUUCGAGCAUCGCUAACGCCCAAGUGCUGUGUCUCCCUCUCGGCCUUCUACAAUUCCACAAUUGUUCCUUGCCCCACCUGCAGCUGUCGCUGUCAAGGAUUACCGGGUACACGUUGCACCAACAGCUCCAGCAAGGUGCCGUCAUUACUCCAAUUACCACACGAUGCGACAGAAGAACUGCCGCCACUGGUAAGUUGUUCGCAGCACAUGUGCCCAAUAAAGGUUCACUGGCACGUGAAACAAAGUUACCGGGAGUAUUGGCGAGCGAAAGUAACAAUCAGCAACUUUAACUUCGCCAAAAACUACUCUCAGUGGAGCCUGGUGAUGCAGCAUCCAAACCUCCGAAGCUUGACCCAAGUUUUCAGCUUCAACUACAAGCCACUUGAUCAGCAUGGAACCAUCAACGAUACUGGGAUAUUUUGGGGAAUCCAGUACUACAACGACAUGCUACUGCACUCAGGUGAUGACGCGAAUGUGCAGACGGAGAUUUUACUGAAUAAAGAUGCGACAAUGUUCACUUUCAGAGAAGGGUGGGCUUUUCCCAGGAAGAUUUCAUUCAAUGGUGAUGAAUGCGUAAUGCCACCUCCAGAAAAAUACCCAAGGCUACCCAGUAGUGCCCAUACUACCUCAUUUUUCAGAUUCACUCUUUUAAUAAUUCCUUGUAUUCUCUUCCUGAUGUUUGCGUUCUAGUAACUCUUGACCCCAUAAGCUCUGUCUGUUGUUCCUGAAAUUGUAGCUCCUCACAGUGCAGAGGAAAUCUAGGUCCAUAUUUCUUAAAUGGCAAAUGUAUUUGACCAAA